UCGCACGCACGUCCGUAGCUCUGUGGUCUCACGAAGUUAUAUCGAAUUGAGAGCUUUUGUGUUUGAACUUUGUGUGUAAUUGGUAUGACUUUAAUAUAGUGUCAUUUUUUCUUAUUAGAUAAUAAACAAAAUGUGAAUCCGGCAUGGAAGAAGUCUGUGACAACUGCAGUCUUUACAUAGACGAGAAUGCAACUCUAUGGAACAGCACCCAAAACGUCACCAUCAACAAGUUUUAUUUUUAUCAGACAGCGCAACUCGCAGUUCUAUGGGUACUUUUGGUGGCAAUCGUCGCUGGCAACGCGACAGUUAUUCUUGCUCUUCUCCUCACGAAGACCAGGAAAAGUCGGAUGAACUUCUUUAUCAUGAAUUUGGCUAUAGCUGAUCUAUGGGUGGGCCUUAUCAGUGUUUUGCCCGAUCUAAUACAACGGGUAACAAUUUCGUGGUUCGGUGGCUCCAUAGCGUGUAAAUUAAUGAAAUACUUACAGGGUGUAGUAACGUAUUCAUCAACGUAUGUACUGGUCGCGCUAAGCGUUGAUCGAUGUGAUGCUAUCACGCAUCCCAUGAACUUCACAGGAAGUUGGCGUCGUGCGAGAGCUUUGAUUUGCGGCGCUUGGCUUCUUAGUUUUUUAUUCUGUAUACCAAUGCUUAUAUUGUUCGACGAAGCUGACAUACAAGGCACGCUACAAUGUUGGUCCGGCAUCAACCAAACACAAUGGCGGAUAUGGAUGACAAGUGUCUUCCUGUCACUGUUUGUUGCGCCGGCGCUAAUAAUAUCGGCGUGUUACGGCGUUAUCGUUGUUACGAUACGACAAAAAAGUCGUCGUGUGCUUGGUAAAAGAACUGCUACACGCCAAUAUAGCGAUGAUCUGGACAGCAGACGUGCGAGCAGUCGCGGCAUCAUCCCAAAAGCCAAGAUCAAAACCGUUAAAAUGACGUUCGUUAUAGUUUUUGUGUUCGUACUAUGCUGGUCACCGUACAUGAUUUUCGACCUGUUGCAAGUGUACGGAUACGUCCCAGAUACACAAGCGAACAUCGCGAUCGCUUCAUUAAUCCAGAGCCUUGCACCUCUCAACUCAGCUGCGAAUCCUGUCAUCUAUUUCAUAUUUUCUAAUCGGAUAUUUCUUAGCCUAAGAAACAUUCCACCUUACAAGUGGGUGUGGUGUUUGAUGGCUCGCGGAGAUAGCCCGGCUGGAAAUGAGUCGCGUGCGCACACCGAGUUGCUGACGUCAUCCCACCGGCGCACAAGACAUGAUCUUACUAUACGGGUAAAAGAUGACAGCAUUAAAUAUCCAAACCAGCGUCUUCAGUCCAGCAAUUCCCGCAAAGUUAGGCUUAACUUGCCCGAUCAAAUACAAAUUAACAACAACUGUCAUCAGGCAUUACGCCGACGGGACGACACCUUUCUCUAAAGGCAGAUUAAUUUGUUCCACAUUACAUCCAUAAUAAUUACGUAAGAUUUUGAUUAUACUUCUUUUAGAACAGAGUCCAUUGAAUUAUUCGAUUUUUUUAGGAAAACAGCUACGAAAUUUAAUGUCUACGUAUUAUUUAACGACUAAUUUAGGGUACCUUUUAUGACUUCCAAUUAAAUCUUUAAUUUGACUCUAUAAUCCUUUGAAUAUGUCUGUAAUUAUUAUUACAAAAUAAAUCAGCCGUAUUUGUGUCAAACCUAUUAAAUAACAAAUAUAUUUUAUUUGAAAACUGAUGUUAAAAGUUACUCGUUCCCAACCGAAUGUAUUGUAAUUUACAGACAAUUCAAAUGUUGUAUACGCUUUCUAAGUACACUGGUCACAAUGCUAAAACAAAUAAGUUGAUCGGUUACUUGACUUCUUUAUUAAAUUAUAAAAAUACAUUCAUG